AUGUCCGCCACCCUUCUCAUCAAGCUUCCGGCAAGAAGAUCCCAACUCAGCCGUGCUGCCAGUGUCAUCAUGCCCCCAACAGUCCAGUUCAACCCCUCCGCCACCUCAUGGCGCUCUUCACCCCCCACAGACCUGGGCAGCACCACCUCCCAAACGAUCCAAACCUUUCACUCCCUCCUCCCCUCCUACAGCCCCACACCCCUCCAGCCCCUUCCCUCCAUCGCCCAAGACCUAGGUAUCAAAGCCGUCUACCUCAAAAGCGAAGCCUCCCGGCUCGGGCUCCCUUCGUUCAAAAUACUAGGUGCCUCAUGGGCUGUUUACCGCGCCGUACUUGACUUCCUUGCCGUUGGGCUGGUUCCCAACCAGGCACUCCCCUCUCUGGAUGACAUUAAGAAAGUGAUCCACGACAAGGGUUUGGAAGAGUUAAAGGUAAUCACCGCCACAGCAGGCAACUGGGGACGGGCGGUGGCCAAGAUGGCGGGGUAUCUCGGUUUGAAGACCGUGGUUUUCGGGAGUGAUCAUAUGCAUCCUACCACAAGAGAACUGAUACGCAACGAGGGGCUAGGGGCCGAGGUUAGGGUGGUGAGAGGGGGGUAUGUUGAUGCUGCGAACGAGGCGAGGGAGUAUGGGAUGGAAGAGGGGAGGGAAAAAGAGAGGUUGUUGGUUAUGGAUAUGGGUUUUGAGGGAGGGGAGAAAGUUCCUGGGUGGGUUGUGGAGGGAUACAGCACUAUGCUUACGGAGUACGAGACUCAGAUUCGGGAACAAACUGAUGGUCAACGGGGUGCGACACAUGCUUUUGUUCCUUGCGGUUGUGGAUCUAUCGCGAGUGCUGUCACGCAGUUUUUUAGGGACGCCAAAAGGGAGGAUGAUGUGAAAGUUGUGGUUGUCGAGCCGGAUUCUGCGGCUUGUUUGUUGGCUUCACUUGAAAGGGGAGAGGAUAGUACGGUUGAGACAGGGGAUGAGACGAUUAUGUGUGGGAUGAACUGUGGGACACUGUCAGGGAGCGCUUGGGAGGUUUUGGGGAAAGGUGUGGAGGCGGGUGUAGCUGUGACUGAUAAAGAGGCUCAUCGGGCUGUGGUGGAUCUUGAGAAUGAGGGGGUUGAAGCUGGGCCUUGCGGUGCGGCUACGUUGGCCGGGUUGAGGAGAGUCUGCGCGGAUGUUUCGGCGAGGGAGAAGUUGGGGUUGGGUGUGGAGGCGGUGGUAGUGUUGUUCUGUACGGAGGGGAAGAGGGAAUAUGAGGUGCCAGUGUAACAAGGAUUGGAUGGACGGAACCUACCGAGAUUUGGUUGACCCAUCAUCUGGUCAGGGCGGCCGAUGUUCACGGUCCAUAGGAUGAAAUGCUCGUGGGUCUUAAACAGGAAGGCUGUGUGGAGCAUAGACUCGCACGACUCAGGCCAACAACAACAAAGUAGAGCCAAUGAUUUGGAACACGGUGGUUGGAUGAUAAAAUACAACUCAACUGCGCGAGGAUGCGGGGAGUGUGGUAUCAGCUGUUGGCACAUGCAGACAUAAUGAUCCGAUUGCUGCUAUCUACAUUUCUAUACCCGUUCAUUUCCGUUGGUCCUUGAUGUGUCAGAAAAUGCAUCUGCC